AUGUUAAAAAGCCAAUACUACAUAGGUUUCGUGUUUUUAGCUAUUGUUGCAGUGGCCCCAAACGGUAUAUUUGAUUUAAGCGAUGUUAAAAACAAAUUAUUGCAAUGGAAAACACAAAAAUUAACAUCAUUGUGUCCAUCAAACGGGCAAAAACUACAAUAUUUAUUGAAUUUAGUAUGCAGUACAGCACAACCUACGAACGUUACAAAUCGAGAUGCAUGCAUCUCUUGCUUCUCUAGGGUCACAUCUAUGCCAGAGGGACCUCAAGAAUUGAAUUCUCUAAGUGUUUGUGCUGUCCAAUAUUUUGCGAAUACGUCGUAUGCUAGAUGCGCCACGGCCCUAAUGGCCUUAUCAACAUCAGCUCUUAAUGUACAACCGUCAGGAUGCUAUAUGGGAUAUUGUGAUUUUGUUCGCUGCUUGAGGAGAGCUAAUUCAGUUAACCUGAUAACUCAAUGUACAAGAGAAGCUAGAACCGGUGUAAACAUUACUCUAGACAAUGACAAUGUACGGUUUUAUACAAAUGUCACAUCUUGCAUAUUAGCGAAAACUAGAUGUGGUCCUUUUAACCCCAUAACGGGAGAGCCUCAAACGCCAGGUUACACGUCGACCGGGAUGAGAGUGAGCAACGCACUACAGUUUUCAGACAAUGGGGAACUCAGAGUAUUGGCAUUUUCUACAGCUACACCCGUAUCGUCAUCUUUUUGCUCUGCAAUGAAUAAUUUAACCCAAACAAAUUGGCUGACAAACGUAUGCUAA